AUGUCGGACAACGUGAUGAAGAGGAGGAAUCCUCACAAGAAGCAGAAAAGCAACAUAGAGCCCGGUACAACCUUGUCUCCGGGCAAAACAAACAUUGUCGGCUGCAGGAUCCAACACGUGUGGAAAGAAGGCACUAAGUCUUCACAGUGGAAGGGAACAGUCCUGGACCAGGUCCCUGUUAACCCGUCGCUUUACCUGAUCAAGUAUGAUGGCUUGGACUGCAUCUAUGGCCUAGAACUACACAGCGACCAGCGGGUCCACGGGCUCCAAAUUCUGCCGGACCGAAUUGCUCCGGCUCGCGUGACGGACGUGCUGCUGGCGAACGCCAUGAUUGGCAAGGCGGUGGAGCACAUGUUUGAGACUGAGGACGGGCCCAAGGAGGAGUGGCGGGGGAUGGUACUGGCUCGCGCGCCCGUCAUGACAUCCUGGUUCUUCAUCACCUACGAGAAGGACCCGGUACUCUACAUGUACCAGCUGCUAGAUGACUACAAAGAGGGAGACCUGCGCAUCAUGCCCGAUGCAAGCGAGAGCGCAUCGUCAGAUCGCGAGCCGGGAGAGGUGGUGGACAGCUUAGUGGGCAAGCAGGUGGAGUACGCCAAAGAGGACGGAGGCAAGCGCUCGGGGAUGGUGAUCCAUCAGGUGGAGGCCAAGCCCUCGGUUUACUUCAUCAAGUUCGACGACGACUUCCACAUCUACGUCUACGACCUGGUCAAGACCUCUUAA